CUUUUGUAUAACCUCUUUGCCGCCCGGGUGCAGUUUUCCAUAUUUUAGGUUAGUUAAAAUUGAAAAAACAAAACAAAACCUAUAUAACUACAACUGUGAAGUGUAACUGAAAUUAAUAUAAUUUCAAUUCCAGAACUCAGAAAUCUAAACUUAAUAACGAAUCUUCAAAAUGGUAAGUGAAUAUAACACUGUGCCUAUUUUUAUUUUAAAUAAUAUAGUUGAAGGUCACAAUUCUUCCGGGCGUUUGACUCUAGGAACUUUGCUCCUCAGCGAGAAUUCUGGGGAAUACUAAAGCAUUAAAUGUUUUACAACAGUUCAAAGCUCUGCAAAAGAAAGAUUACGGUUAGGUUCGUGAAUUGUCUAGAGGUCUUUUCUUCAUGCACGUUAGAUACAUCGAUUUUCGAUUGGUAGUAGGAGUUGUCUAUUUAAAAGACAGUUGUGACCCAAACUCGAUAGUACUCUAAUGUCGUUUGAUAUAUCUUAAGAGAAGUAUGCCUAUGGGCUUUUCUACUUUGUUCUUCGGCUUGGGUAUUUUGAAGUACUAAAAUAUUAGUGAUUAAGAAGUACACAAUUUAUAAAUAUCAGUUAUUCCUAUCAUAUGCCAUAUUAUAAUUAGUUGUAUAAUUUCAUGUAUUAAAAACUAUGUUUGCUUUAUGGGUAGAAUAAGGGUAGAGCUGAAACAGUACAUCUAUAAAAAAUUGUUUUUUAGCUACCUGUAUUGUAAUUUUCAGUUGCAUAUAUUAUUAAAAAUGUUUAAUUGAUACCUACUACAGAUUAAUAAUAGUUGUACCUACCUACUUACCAAUAAUUGUGUUGGGAGGUUUGGAAAACGUCUUGUGAAAAUCUAGAGGUCAAUUUUUUUUGUAUAUUAAACACUGUCUGAUUUGUCAUAGUUGGUAGAGUCCACCUUUGGCGUACUAAACACAGUUUAAUGUUAGUCAUGAACCAGUAAACAAAAUGUUGAACUUCAUAAAAAUUAUUGGUCAAUGUUUUUUUUGAUGCGAAAAUUAUACUAACUAUGUGUACCUUUGUGCAUACUAUAUAUAAUAUAUAGUCAAUUUAGGUAUAUCUAUAAUAUGUCAUUGUAAUGUUUUAAUUUCCAAAUAGUUUAUGAUUUCAGUAAUGUAAAGUAACAAUAAGCCCCUUUUUUUUACUAACAUUGGGAAAAUAUCUAUAGGCCAGAUUUUAAAACAGAUUGAUAAUUGACGGUGAAGGGUGAAGGUAAAAAUUUAUAAAUUAUCAAAUUAAAUUAUUAAAUAUCGAUAAACUGUAUAGUUUUAUAUGCAUGUAUGUUUAAUAAUUCCUUAGAAAAUAAUAAUAAAUACAUAGUAGGUGAUUGCUUUUAUUAGUUGAUUAAAAUUAAUAAAAUAAAAAACAGUCUGUAUUUUUUAAUUUAAUAGGUACUGCUGUGGGAAAUGAGUUGAACAAUUUUUAAAUGCCAUUUUUUACAUUAUUAGAAAUCCACUUUUGUGUAUAGGUCAUGGAAAAUAUUUGGUGUUUUUAAAAAUUGUUAUUAAAUAGACAGAGUAUACUUAAAUAGAGUGAGGGUAAUAAUAAUAUUAAAUACUGUGUUUGUGUAUUUGAAAUUAGGUUUGUUCCAAUACGCGGUCAAACUAUCACAGAACUGGCAGGCGCAUGCGCAGUAGAGUUUUGCCGUUCCAACACACCAGAAACGCUAACUCAAACUGUCAGACGGUUGUUCCAAAAUGUCAUUAGACCAGUUUUGGGAUUGGUUUUUGACAAUCAAAUCGAUCUGCGGAUUCGGAUGGGAACUGGUAGUCAGAGACACUGGUUAUCAUAUAUUUAUUUUUUUAUCAAUUAUUUGCGUUCAAAUUUAUAUUAACUGUUUGUGAACUGUUGUUGUUUCACUUUUCACGCAUGGCAAGAUACUCAUUUUUUUCUUUUCGGGACAAUUUAACCUGGCGUUAGAAGACUAGCUAAAUGAUAGGUAGUCUGAAUAUUCAAUAUCACUCAUUAUUAUAUUAUAACAUCACAGAUUUAUAGAAUAUAUUCGCUAUAAAACACACAAGAUUAGUUUGUGUUGUUUCAAAUCAAAUAAGUUUCAUACAUAUCACGGUUUAAUCUCUUAUCUAUAUUUUACAAUAAUGGACUGUAUGAAAUGUGUUCCUAUAAAGCUCAAAGUAAAUGAAUAGUUCACAUUAGCGCAUGCGCAGUAAAUUAAUCACUGAUAUGUCCAUAACUAGUCCCAAAUUUCGUGUUGGAAUAAACCUAUUAUGUCAAGUACCUAUAGCAGCAGUAUCUUGCUAGUAUCUAAGAAUUAUUUUACAAGGUAAAAAAAAAUCCUAACUUUUAAACUAUGUUUUAGAUGAUUUUUAUGAAUAGAUAAUUCUUAUAUAUUUUUUUAAUAGUUUCACUUUUUUCCCUUUACUCAAAAAUCAUAGGAUGAUUUUUUAAAGAGGUGAAUAUUAUGUAAGACGUUUUUUAAUAUAUUGACAUUUUUUCUUAUUACUUAUCCAAAAGCCCUUAAUUCAACCUGAUAAUUAAGACGUUUUAGUUUAAAUAUAAUUUAUUGGAUUUUCGAAAACAAAAAUAGAUAUUUCAUAAAACAGUUACUAUCUAUCAUUAGAAUGUUGUUAAUUUCAGAAAAAUUGUUUUAUCUUCUGAAAAAUUAUUACCUAUAAUUAGAGUUGUAUGGUUCUUGCUAUAAGCCCUUCAAUUAUUCUGUUGAUUCAUAUAAAUAAAUUGUUUUACAAUACUCCAAUAGUCUAUGUUUAAUAAUGUUUGUUCUGUGUUAAGGUUAAAAAAGUAUCUUGAUGAUAUCAAGUAAUUCACACAUUUUUAUGUUUACAGUUAUUCUACUCAUUUUUUAAAUCUCUUGUUGGAAAGGAUGUUGUUGUUGAAUUAAAAAAUGAUCUAAGGUAAGAAAUUUUGACUGCAUUGAGUAUUAAAAAUUAAAAUCAUAAUAUUUCCUUGUUUAAUGAUUUUAAGUAUUUGUGGGACAUUACAUUCAGUUGAUCAAUAUUUGAAUAUUAAACUUGUGGACAUUAGUGUGACUGAUCAUGAAAAAUAUCCUCAUAUGGUAAUUAUUUUUAAUAUUAUUAUUAAAAAGUAAAAAAAUAUUUAUAUUAUUUAUAUUUUUAGGCCUCUGUAAGGAACUGUUUUAUCAGAGGUUCAGUGGUUCGCUAUGUACAACUACCAGCAGAUGAAGUUGAUACACAAUUAUUACAAGAUGCUGCGCGUAAAGAAGCAACUGUUGCUCGUUAAUAUUUUUUAUAAUGAAAUAUUUCAAAUGUAAAUAUUAAUCCUAAUGUAUAAUAUAUUUUCUAAAAUACUUAAUUAUUUGUUAAAGUUUAUUGUCAGGGAUAGUGUAAAUUAAAAUUCUUAUUGGGUAUAAAAUAUGUCUUUUACAGUUAGAUAUUUUCAUAAUUAAAAGUUGUAACUAAAUCUGGUGUCCUUUAUUACUUUUAUAGCAUCAGUGCAUUAUUUUUGUAUAUUUCUAAUAAUUCCGUUGAGGACACACAUUGUUUAAUGACACUAAUGUGUAAGGUCAAAAGUCUAAUAGCUAUUGUAACUAAAUAGAAAAAAUUUUGCUCUAAAAAUAUUAGUAGAUGAAUAUGUAACUCCUGUGUAAUGAUUAAUUAAUUUUGAAAAUUAUAUAGUUAUUGUGUUACAAAUUAUUGUGUAAAUAUGAUAUCAUUUUUACACAGCUUACAGGGAACUGGCUCUAUCCGUCAUUAAAACAAUUGUUCAGGAAAUCUAAAAACCAAUUUUUUCCUAUUUAAUAGUACUUUAAAUAGUUAAACUCAAACCACAGUGAUUAAAUCAUAAUUGGUAAUUAAACAAAGUUAUUGUGACAUAUUGAUGAAUUUAAACAUCAAACAAAUUAAUUAGUAUAAAAGUUAUUAAUAAAAUGUCGGAUGGAUAUGUCCAAAUUUUUCAUUACCUGGAUUUUGAUGGACCUUCAUUUGAUAUGACUGAUAUAUUGAUCUAUGCUGCGACCAAGUUAAAGGAGAAGUCAUUUCAACACCGUGACUUCCUCACUUUCCAUUUUGAAAUCAAACAUUAAUUAUACAGUGUGUGCAUUAAUUGUAGACAUUGUGUGUGUAG